AUGGCUCGGGGUGCACCAUUGACCCUGAGCUCGCUGCCACCGGAGUGUGUGGAGGAGAUCAUGAAGUAUCUCGACCUCGACACCCUCAAAGCUUUGCGUCUGAGCAGCCAGAAUCUCUGUGCAAGAUGCACCGGCCUUAGGUUUAAAACCUUCGUCAGCCAUCAAACAGUUGAACUGACCAAAUUGGGUCUUCAAUCAUUUCGACAGCUGGCCGUGCACCCUGAACUAGGACCCGCUGCCAAAAGCCUGAAAAUUAUGGCCACGGUCUAUGAUCAGACCCGGCAGCGGAAAGUUAUAGAUACAUGGGGCCACAAUUUACCCGAUGGCAGUCCAACUCCCUCGGGUUGCAGCCGCGAAGUGCUCGCUGAAGCCGAUAUCAAUUUGGCAUGGCUGCACGCUCAGCAACAACGCCAAGAUGAAUGGUCAUAUGACGAGGUAGUUAAAUCUCUGGCCACUAGUCUCAAACAUAUCGGCCAGCUUGACCGGAUAGACCUUGAGGCUAUCCUAGUCCAGGCCCGUGACGAGACAAGGAACACCGAGAAUUCCCGCGCCAAAUGGUACCCGGUCUGGAUGCGCGCUGCGCGCGUCUACUGCAUCACUAUAGAAGCUAUUGCCCAGAGUGGUGUAGCACCGAAGGCUCUAACCGUAUACCAAAAGACACCGCGCUGCAGUGUCCCACUAUACGACAUUGCCACCAACCGUGCAAUGCGUGAUCUGCCCGGUUUCAAGGACGCAGGCAAAUCCGUCGAGGACCUUGCGCUUAGUAUCUCGACCAAGGUCCCAACCGGAGCAACGGAGCGUCCGCCCCGCACCCCCCUGGCAUGUCAUGAGGUUUCAUCAGCCGUGGCGUCCAUCGCAGCACUGGGCGAAGAGCAAGUCCUCGAGGUGGAGGAUUUUGGCGGACUUGCGCGGUUUCUGAGCUUCACGCCGAAUCUCAAAGCACUCGAGAUCCACCUCUACAACACACUGUUUCACCCCGUCACUCUCUACCAUGGGAUGUUCGAAUCCAUCGCAAAAGAAACCCGACUUCCCUUACUUCAAAAAUGUAGUUUACGAGGCAUCACCGCCAGCGGAGACUCCCUUCUCCAGUUCCUGUCAAAUCACCCGCAGAUCACCGAUCUCACCAUGAACCAAAUAUGCCUCACAUCUGAAGAGGCAUGGAAUGCCAUCUUCGAGCACCUCGUCAGCCGCAAGAUUCCGCCGCUCAAACGCCUCCAUCUCUCGACCCUGACAUACGGACACCAAAUGAUCAAACUCAACCUGCAUCCCACGUGGGAAGAAAACUCCAAAGAACUAGAGCAAAACUCUCAGUCGCAGAUCUAUUUCGUCCAUACCAAGGAGUUUCGUGCCGAUGAGAUCCAGCGCGGGCUGGAGUUUCGGCCCAUGCCAACUAACUGGAUGCAGGGGUCCAAAGGGUCGUGGACGUGGAUACAGUCUUUGAACACGGAGUAUGGUCCGCCGUGGGAGAGUGACUGGGGAAACAAUUGA